AUGCUGCUACCAUCUUUGGCUCUGGUUCUAGCUGCUGCUCUCUCUAGAGUUUCCAGAGCAACUUCUAAGACAGCGUCUAUUUCAUAUCCAGAGUAUAUUCCCGACGAUGCCACAUGCAUUAUUCAGCUGGAUGGUACAGUUGAUGUGGAUACAGUGCUCGGUAGUGAUGCGGUCUUCAUGGGUAUUCCUAAUUUCUACACUAUUCCUUGCUUCUCUUCAGAAGAGUCUGAAGAGCCAGACAUCGAUGCAUACGAUACCACUGACGACAAUGAAUCUAUGACCUAUGAGGAGAAAGUUGCAGCGUUAGAUGAGAUCGCGGCGCGCGCGGGAGUUGUUGCGGUUUAUCCAGAUAUUUCUCUAUCCAUCAAAGUGCCUGCUACUCUCUCUAAUUAUACUGCCGCCCCCGCUGCUCAGUCAGGAAACUGCACCUCGCCUGCGCACGACUUGCUUUGGUACAUAACUGGCGAGUAUAUUGCACCGGAUAGCAAAAAGAAGAUAAAAACGCUUGACAUUAAUAUAACAGAUGUUUGGGAUAAAAGCUACACUGGGCAGAAUACAAUUAUUCAAAUGCUCUUGGUCGGUGGCGUUUCCCAAGAUAAUCAGGACAUCUCCGACAGAAUUGACCACACACUCUCACAAAAUUUCACAACUGAGAAUGCAGAUGAAACGUAUAACAUGGGCACAUCUCUAGCUGCUCUUGCUGUUGGGAAUAUAUGUAACGAUUAUGGCGCGGAAGGCAUAUCUCCAGAAUCUAGUCUCAUCGUCAUGGCAUAUAACCAGACAGACGUUCUCCUGUCCGAGCUGCUCCUUGGCCUGUAUCCUGCAGCCUAUCUCAAGUACCUGAACGAAACAGCAUCAGAUACAGAUGCGAGUUACAAGACAUCUGUAAUAGCUACGUCAUUCCUUCUUGACGGUUGCUCUAGUGGAUGUUGUACUAUUUUUGACGACAUCCCCUGGCUAUCUACUGCAAUGAGCGACGGUGCCACAACUAAUUCCGCUGUUUACCUUUUCGCUACAAGCGACGAGGGUCAUACAGAUGCUAAUAUUUAUCCAUUCUUGAGGAGUCCAGGCGCAAUAGUCGUGGGGGCAACGUCUCCUCAAGGAAAACCGGAUGAUGAGACCACAUUUGGGUCUAACAUAGUAUUUUCUGUGCCCGUCAACGGAACAGUUGACAGCACAAAUCUCUCUCUUAUAACAAGUACGACCCCCAGUGCAUGUAACUAUACUGACUCCGAUCAAGCAACUGGCUGUUUGGUUGGGGUCAGCGGCCCAGCAGGGGCUCUCUCUAUUGCUGCUGGAGCUGUUGCCAUAAUUGGACAGGUCAUAAACAAAAACUACAACGUCCGCGACAUCCUACACAUCAUGGCCGUCAGCUCCCAGACUGUCAACAAUAGCACACAGUUUGACGAAAAGAAUGGAUGGGUCCUCAACGACAACGGAUUCUUCUUCAGCAAUAAGUACGGGUUUGGCUUGCUCAAUGUAACGAAGGCAGUUAGCAUCGCCGAGAAUUGGCCUGUGCUUCCAGAUGCCACCUAUGCAACCUUUUCCUACGACGACACCGAAAAACUAGAUGCAGAUGACUCUAUAGAUAUACAUAUUACCGUCCCAGAAAAGAACAUGAUGCGCCUGGAAAGAGUUCAGCUCGCCCUAUCACUCACAACCGGAUUUGCUGGUGACAUUGUCAUAGAUAUAACGUCUCCGGGUGGGACCACAAGUAGAGUUUUGGAUGCCAGGAAGGCGGAUACGUCAGACAGUUUCUCAGACACCGUCUAUCUUCUAACAAACGCCUUCUUUGGAGAGGCUUCUCCUGGAGAUUGGAAAAUUACAAUACACAAUAAGCACGCUGUGUCCUCAGCACAAAUUACCUCUGUCAAGCUCAUGAUUACUGGGGUUGCUCAGACAACUCACUUGACAUUUGCCAAGUCGUACAACAAGAUCUAUUCUGAUAGCACUGUCCAUCUGAAGUGGAGGCCUGCAACUUGCGGUCUUACCUAUGCAUCCACUGUAGACUUCUGGAUCACGGACCGCUUCCACAAUCCAAUUACGCUCAUAGCUUCUAACGUCUCGUAUAGCGAGUACGAGUACAAAUGGGACGCGUUCAAGAUUCCUCUUGAAAAGGAUACCCGUGGUUUCUUUAUGAUGGUGCCUCACAACACUGCUAACAUCACGCCGUACCAAUGGCUUCCGGGAACCGUUUACUCGCCUCUUGUGCGCUUUCAUUUGGCCGAUUCAGAGCCUGCCGCCGGAGCCUUCAUGCGCCCAAGCAUAACAACGGUUGCUACUGUAAGUGCCAUUCUGGCGGCAGCUGCUCUAGUGCUCAAGUAA